CCUGCGACGCUUCUGCGUACGUCAUCAGUGAAAGAAGCAAUGAUUCCAAUCCUUGCGACGCUCACUGCGAUCCCGAUUGCUGCCUUCACUGGUCUUGCUCAAGCCGCUGCACCAUAUUGUCUACCAAACGACGCGUGCUUCCCUUCUGAGCCUGAACUCCAAGCUUUCAACAGCAGUCUCAAUGGAAAGUUGAUCCGCAACACUCCCUACGGAGCCCCAUGUUACGCAGCGACAUACGACGCUGCGGCCUGUAAGGAUAUUGCCACUCGUAAGCGCAGCUAUGAGUACCGGUUUGAUCUUCCUGGGGCCAUGGUAUAUCCGAAUUGGGAACAGGAUGAACAAGGCAACGGAUGCCCUGUUCCUGAUCUACCCGCUGAUGGAUCAGCUCCGCCAGCCACCAAUGGAACAUGUGCACUUGGCGGUAUGAGCCUUUACAGCGUGAAUGCGACGGAAGUGGACGACGUUGUCAAGACUAUGCAGUUCGUCAAAAAGCACAACCUGAAGUUCAGAAUUAAAAACACUGGCCACGACUAUAUUGGAAGAUCUGCAGGUGAGGACUCCUUCGCCUUAUGGACCAGACACAUGAAGGGCAUCGAUUUUGUUGAAGGGUUCAAAGCUUGCCCUGAGUCACAAGCCGAAAAUGUGUUGGCUCUGAGUCCCGCAACUCUCGUUGAAGAGGUGUAUGCCGCAGGAGCCCAACAUGGUGUUGUAGCAGUAGGUGGCUUUGGACCUACUGUUGGCGCUGGAGGUGGUUAUGUCCUCGGAGGAGGUACAGGGCCACUGGGUAAUUAUUUCGGGCUCGCAGUUGACAAUGUUGUGCAGUUUGAGGUUGUAACUGCAGAUGGACGGAAAGAGAUCGCCAACGCCUGCACGAACACUGAUCUCUUCUGGGCGUUGAGAGGAGGUGGUGGCUCUUUUGCGGUAGUCACUAAGACGUAUCUCAAGACCUAUCCCGCUUUUGAAUCCGUUCAAACGGCCUUAGGUGUAGUCCAAUGCGAAGGAAGAGAGAGCUGGAUAGAGCUUGUUACCCGAAUGGUCAAGGCGCAGGCAUUUUUACGAAAAGAUGGCAUCACUGGAGCUUGGCAAUCUGACAACGGAAAGCUUAUGUCGCCGAUGGUAUUCAUUCGUCCCUCUGGAUAUGGAGACAGCGACUUCUCCGAACAGCUCCAACAAUUCCAAAAUGUGACCGGCUGCGAGGGCGCACUGAACGUUCAGCGGUUCACCGGAUCUACAAGCUGGAACGAAGCGUAUCAGAAGCAUCUUCUCAACUUAAUCAAACCAUCGCUUCCUGCUGGAAAUAACAUAGUUGCUAGCUCUCGUUUGGUUUCCAAUGAUAUCAUAACCGAUGACACCAGGCUACAGACGAUUAUCGAUUAUCUUACCAACCUAGACCCGGGAGUAUCUUUGCUCUGGCAGAACGCCGUCGGUGAUGCAUCGAGCAAAAUCAGCCCAGAAGCCACUGCAGUCCAUCCAGAAUGGCGGAAUGCUUUCGCUUUCGUCGACUUCAGCAUUCCUGGCCCAUGGUCCGGUUUGUCUACUCUACAAAAUUCGUUGAUGGAGAAAACCCGGGACAGCGCGGAGGCUACAUUUGGCAAGGCAGUUUUCUAUAAUGAAAUGUCUGAGUUUGAAGAGGACUGGCAGAACCAAGCCUUUGGCUCGAAUUAUCCACACCUUCUGGAGAUUAAGGACAAAUAUGAUCCUACAGGCGUGUUUUCUUGCAGAAGGUGCGUUGGAAGUGAGAACGGUUAUUGA